AAUUGUCGAUAACCCCCGCUUAACUUAAAAAAAAGGUCAGGUGGUUCUCAUGAUUGCGAACAAAUAUAAAAGCAACAUUCCGCAUAUUGCACACACAUAAAUAUAUCUGUUGCCCGUCUACCGACUUCAAAGGAAAGAAAAAUGUUCACGUAUCCUGUCCUCAUCCUCUUUUUCCUGGGUAUAACUCAAGCUGCCCAUAUUUCCACUCCAGUAGUCCCAGUUUGCGAAGGAGCAACUCUCGUUUACGAAUACAAGGGUCCAAUUCCAGAGGAUAAAUUGAGAACUGGAGAUCAUGUACAUAUAAUUUCCAGCGAGAUAGAUGUGGGAAAUCCUUCGACCACCUUUCCAAAUCUCCUUCACGUAGCCAUAGAAAAAAGCAGCUUCAAAGGGGACUUCCAAAAAUUCAUGACCACCAUACCGUCCGUUACCAGAUUAGUUUUAGAGAACAACCAGGUGGAAAAUUUCAAAAUAGACAACCUUAACGUACUUCCCAACCUGGAAAUCCUGGGCAUCAAAGGUCAAAGUGUAGGAAAUUUGAACGCCGGCAUUUUCUCCAAAUUCGUUCAUCUUAAAGAACUCCAUCUGGUCUCAGCAAACAUUGGUGCAAUAGAUGAUAUGGCUUUCGAUCACGCUGAAAAACUGGAGGUUUUGGAUCUGAGCAGGAACAAACUGACCUCCCUGUCCGAGAAAACGUUGGGCCCACUGAAGAAUCUCAAGCAUCUGAUGCUGAACCAUAACCAGCUGAAAGCACUGGCAGCCGAACAUUUACCUGAACUUCCAGAACUGGAAAGAAUCGAUGUGGAAGGUAACGAGAUAACCGAGGUUGAUCUGGACAAUCUGAAGAAGAAAUGCCCGAAAUUGCGAGUAGUUAGAAUCUAAAAUAACGUCUACAUUAUGGCCCA